AUCGUCUUUGCUAAUUUGUUUACCUUCACUGUUUGCAUCAUUCACUCACAUGUGGACUCCGCUUAAUUUCCAUACAAAAUAAUACCGUUUGCAAUUAAUAGGCAUAUUUAAACAAAUUAUAACACAUAAACAUAAAAGUGAAACACUGAAUUGUUUUUCAGCACGUUCUAAGUGCAGGCAACAAUAGCAAUGGAUACAAUUAAGGUGGGCGAGUAUCUGGUGGUCAAGCGCCAAAAAUAUACUAAACUACAAAAGUUUACCAACUUGGAAACUGUAAUCCAUUUGGGAAAAGACCAAAUAGAACUACGGUGUGCCGAGGGUCAACCAUACCACACCACCUUUCAGUUGAUUGCCAAGGAGGGCAGAAAUAAACGGCUUUUUACACUGAAUCCUAUAACUGCUUCAGAAAUUCGAAAUUUGAAAGAGUUGCUAAUAAAGGAAAGUGGGGUGGACAAUCGUAAUAUUGUGGAUAACCGUAGCACCCAGAAUUUGUCAACGGAAGAAAUUUUAAAGCUUCGAGAAGAAUGUGAUUCUUCCUCGGAAGUUAUUGGAAAAUUGGUUGAAAAUUCGAAGAGUUUUGCGGCCAAAACCGAAUACUCCCAGGAGAAGUAUUUGAAGCGAAAGGAAAAGAAGUAUUUCGAAUAUGUUCAGAUCAAGCGACCUUCAAUUAGACUUAUUGCCGACAUUUAUUGGCGACUAGACACCGACAAAACUAUGGGAGUUCGGUUCGAUACACUUUCGCAGAUUAUUUCCUACAGCGGAGUUUGUGGGGUAGGUAGAUUCUUGCUUUAUGAGUCUGGAUCCAAUGGUCUACUUCCGGCAGCAUGUUUGAGUUCUCUUGGAGCCAACACGGAAGCAAAACUUGUUCACAUGCAUCCCGGAAACGUGGCUCAGAAGCAGGCUGUUCAAGCGAUGGGCUUUGCUCCAGAGCAUUUGAAUAGAUGUGUUUCUGUCAAUAUCUAUUCGGCGUUGCGGCAUUACUACCAGGAAGGAAAGAAGUGCGUAAUUGAAAACGGAGAAGAAAUACCAGCUUCUGAGACAGACAACGGAAAGGAAUCUGUAGAAGAUGUGAAUCACAAACGUAAAAUUGAUUCAGUUGUUGAUGAUGGACCAGAAGCGAAAUAUCCCAAGAUUGAUGAACAAAAGAAGCAGGAAUGGGAGUUGGAAAAUGCGACUGCUUGUGAGCUCAUGAAGGAACAAUUCGAUUCGCUGAUUGUUGUCGCAAAAGAACACCCGAGCAAUAUCAUUAAAUCGUUACUGCCCUUUGUAAAACCCAGUCGACCUGUUGUGGUGUUUGGUACGGUGAAGGAAAUAUUACUUGAGUGCUAUAUGGAACUGAAAGCUAGCGCCAAUGUUACUUUUUUGCGGCUCACUUCCAACUGGAUGCGCCAGUAUCAGAUUCUACCCAAUCGCACACAUCCAGAUGUUACGAUGUCAGGGAACAGCGGAUAUCUUCUCACAGGGUACACCAUUCGAUAGUCGUUUUCUAAAUUUUACUGCUAAACUACGAUAUGUUUAUAUAUUUUUACGUUGACAUGUAGAUUCAUACGGUUUCUUAAAGUGAAGAAAUAUAACGAAAU